AUGAAAUUCACAGAACGUGUUAAAGAGUUUGUCUACUCACUCUCAGCAACAGACAAAUACUCAGACUACGACUCAAGGAAAUCGUUCAACAGAGUCAACAAGCCUUCAGUCAAGACAAGCCUUCUAUCGCAUCACGACAACGGCUCUCUCGUGUCUCUUCCAAACGGCGCUAUUGGAGACGUCACCGAAGGCGUCCAUGAGGUCACCUUGGCCUGGAGACACAUCAAAAAAUGGCUCCACAAGCACCUGCCCGAGUUGAACACGUCCCUUUUGACCCCAUGUACCGAAGCAGACCUCAACGAAUUCCAAAAAGAUUUGGGCUACAAUUUGCCUCAGUGUGUGGUUGAAUUUUUCAGAUUGACGGACGGCCAGUCUAGUCUCAACGAUGGCGGCUUUGGCGGUCUCAUAUUUGGCUUGAAGCUCAUGUCCAUAGACGAGAUUGCGGUGAUGGCUUCCUCGUGGAAGAGCGUGCAUCGCAAGAUUCUCGAGCUGGCUCCUCGCGAGCCUGUCCAAGAGCCCAAGUCUGUCCAGCUUGAGGACGCAAAUAUGGGCUCAGAUUUGUCCGACGGGCACAGCGAGUCGUCAUUCACGUCGAAGUCGAGCGAAACCAAAGUGAAGAACUCGUUGCACACAAACCAGCGCUCUGUACCUCCUGACGCCAUUGUGCCAAUCUAUGCUCACUCCAUGUGGACACCAUUGAUCACGGAUGAGGUGGGGAAUUGUAUUGGUGUUGAUCUCUCGCACUCGCCUGAUGACAAGAACUCAGCAACAGGCGGCAAGUGGGGCCAGGUGAUCUUGUUUGGCCGUGACUUCAAUACCAAAUUUAAAAUCGCAGACAACUUUGGGGACUUUCUCUUGAUCUUUGCCAACGACUUGGAGAUGGGCAACUGGGAAUUGAAGGAGAAUGUUGAAGUCGAUGACAUCAUGUGUGGUGUCGACACCGAACUCGUGUACAUUGAUCCGGAAACUAAGAGAGAAACGCCCUACAUGGAUGCGUUGCGUAGGCGGGCCAUCAAUGAGUGGAUAUCGUCGUUAUCGGAGGAAGAUAAGGGAAAGAAAGAGAACCAGGAUCUUUUAAAACAUCUACAUGAAGAGUUCUCUUAUAAGAUUCCCUACUUCGAACAAAGAUCCUCCGAUGAUUUCCUCAAUGAUAACUUGAGAGGCAUCGAUAAACUCAACACGCCUUUACCUGACCAGACUAUUACUGAUGGUGAUAUCACGCACGAAAACACCAUUGUGGACCUGGAUGACGACAGCUGA